AUGGCACCUUUCAUGGACAAAGAAGAAACACCAGUUUAUUUCUUCGCAGGCCACUUCCUCUCUAUCCUUCUUUCUCUCCCUUUUUUCUAUCUUUCUCUGUUUCUCUAUUAUAUUUCUAUUUAUCGUUCAAUCAACCUAUCAAAGUAUAACUUUGUGUUCGUUCUAUCAAAUUCACCCCCCACUCGAUCCAUAGAUUAUAUUCACAUCACACCUAUCUAUCUAUCUAUCUAUCUAUCUAUCUAUCUAUCUAUCUCUCUCUCUAUAUAUAUAUAUGUUCUCAACAGCAAAUUGCUGUACUCUAAAUCAAUAUAUCGAUUUGCCUUUUCUCUCUCUCUCUCUCUUUCUCUAUCUUGCGCGCGUGCAUUUUUUUAUUUUUAUUCUUCCAAUUGCGAUCUUUCUGUUUUCCGACCUCUCUAUUUCUCUGUAUUUCUCUCUCUCUCUCUCUCUCUUUGUCAUUUCUCUCUCUCUCUCUCUCUCUCUCUUUCACCACCUCGACACACAGUCACAAUGAAUCGCGCGCAAAAAGAAAAAAAGAGACAGUCAAGCUUUGCCCUUGAAAAACAACCAUUAAAAAUUAUACACACGGACAUAUCUAUCUAUCUAUCUAUCUAUCUAUCUAUCUAUCUAUCUAUCUAUGCAUUCAAUGAAAACAGACAACUUUAA